AUGGACUCGAUCUUUGGUCGCAAAAAGCGCUCGCGCCAGUACAAUGCCGAAGCGGCCGACAAGGCCAUUCCCUACGAACGCACUGCGAGCGGUCGCACACCCGUGCCCGUCGAUAGCGUGCUCGCCAGCUCGUCUUACCACGUCAAUGCGAGCCCCACCAGCUCCAAGCUUUCGAUCGGCAACCCCUCUGGUAACCCUUCCCUCGGUAGCGGCGUACAUCGCUCCAGCGCCUACUCGGAUGUUCACUACGAUGUGCCCAGGUCCAGGCUAGCAAACACAUCGUCUUCUUCCAAUCCAACCGAGGACUUUGCUGCUUACCCCUCCUCGACGUCGUCCAUCGUCUCGCAUACCAAUGGCUCCGCCAUCUCCUCAAGCACACAUCGUCGCAAUCCGUCCGCCGCCUCUUCCUCCCGUCACGGCGUGAGCACCCACGACUCGAUGCAGUCAACCACGUCAUCUUUGGCUCCCAGCGGCGCACGCUCCUCCCGCUACACUUCCAAUACUAGCUUGGGCCCCAACAACGAUACAUCCAGCAACGUCCGCUACCAUAGCUCUCACCUGCCCCACGACGUCAUCAGCAGAAUGUCGGUCGCCUCUACCGCUACAGGCGCUUAUGGGCACGCUGAUGACGCCAGGAACGCGCCAAGUACAAGUACCAGCCAUUCCAGCCUCGGCAGAGAAUCUUACCUUCCACCGCAGCAACAUCAGCAGCAGCAGCAGCAUGCCGGGAAAGCGCCCGACUUUGUCCUCCAGCGUCCCCCAGAUGACCAGGUCGAGCGCCUCUUUGCAGAGCUCAUGGACAAGCGCGAUUUCCUCAACGUGCCCGGCGGCAACCUCUCGGACGAGCUCAAAGAAACCGCUCGGCGCAACAUGCUCAACUUCAGCGCUGACAAGAAAUGGACCCUCGUCUACAACGACAAGCUCACCGAAUGGCACGCCGAAAAGGAACGCGAUCGCAACCGUCGCCAGCAUGCGGGACAGCCUGGUCCAGCCGGUGCUGGCUCCAGCAUGGUCAUCACGCGCAACUCGCCAGAAUGGUUCAUCAAAAAGUUCAUGGACGGCACCGUCACAACGAAGCACAUUGAAUCGCUCGCCGUCACGCUGCGUACCUGUGCCAUCGGCUGGAUCCAGAGCUUUGUCGAAGCAAAAGGUACACCCGUCCUCGCCAGCUUCUUGAGUGGAUUGCACGCCAAGGGGAUCAAGAAUGACAACGAUCUGGCACUCGAAUACGAGGUGCUCAAGGCCUUCCGCUCGCUCUUCAAUUCCAAGCCUGGUGCCAACGAUGCGCUCGCCCAGCCCAAAUGCAUCAGCGGUAUCACGCACUCUAUGAUCUCGCUCCAGCUCACCACACGCAAGCAGGCCGCCGACAUUUUGCUCUUUUUGUGUCAUUGGGACAAGCCCACCGGUCACCGUUUGGUCCUCAAAGCGUUCGACGACCUCAAGACGAGCCAGGGCGAUCACGGUCGCUUCGAUGCGUGGUUCCGCGUGCUCGAGCAGACCAUCGAUGGACGCGGCAAGAUGGGCUCCAUGGUUGGCGCCUCGGACGAGGUCAAGAAGCUGAGCGUCGUCGGUCCGCACGAGUCGAGCUUGAACGAGUACGCCAUCAACAACAUGUUUCUCAUCAACGCCAUCCUCAACUCGGACAUCGUGCCCGAAUUCGAGGUGCGCGUCCACCUCCGCAACCAGAUGGAGGCGAGCGGUUUGCAGCGCAUCUUGAUCAAGAUGCACGCCUUCAAAAACCCGGAUCUCGAUGCGCAGAUUGGCGUCUUCGAAAAAGGCUCAGAGGCCGAUCACGAAGAUGUCGUCGAGACGUUCAACAAGGAAGUGCUCACCGACCUCAGCGAUCCCGUCGACGUGUUUCGCGCCAUCGUGGGCAAGGUCGAGGGCUCGCGCGCCUACGACUUUUUCCUCUCGGCUCUACAGCAUCUGCUGCUUAUCCGCAGAGACGGCGACGACCUUGUCCACUACUACCAGCUGAUCGACUCGAUGGUCACCUCGGUCGUCAUGGACCGCAAGGGCGCCGUCGAGGGCAACGAUCUAUCGUCCUUGCUCGGCGUCUCGGUCAACAAUGUUCUGUCGCGCUUUGCCGAUCAGGAUCACAUCAACUCGAUGCAGUCGGAACUCCAGAAAGUGAAAGCGAAAGCGGCGGCUCUCGAACAGGAGAAGCUGCAACUCGAGUCCAAGCUCAAGGCUGGCUCGGACGGGCUCAUCGGCAAGCUGCAGGAGCAGAUCGAGAAGCUCGAGGAUGAUUUGGCUCUGGCGAGGGGGAACGCAGGCGCGGCACGCGACGACAUGGACGAGAUGGAAAAGGCUUACAUUGAUCGAGUCGUUGCCCUUGAAGUCCAAAUUCGCGAGCUGUACGACAUGCUUCGCGAGGCACAGAUGGACGUCAGCGAUGUCGCUGCACCGGGCAAGGGCAGUUUGGAUCGUCAACAGCUCGUCGACACGCUGGAAAAACAGCUCGAGCGCAACAAGACUAUCCGCAAGCUCGAGGCGAAUGCGCGCAAGAACAAGGGCAGUGGCAAAGGCGACGCUGCGGCUGUCCCCGCGCUGCCUGGUACGCCUACCGAGGAUGACCGCAGGCGCAUCUCUGCGUCGGUGCGGCGCCAGUCGACAUUGGCACGAUCAGCAGAGAAUGGUGCCAAGGGAGAUGCUGACGACGCGGAGGAUGCAGAAGAGCAGAACGAGGGGCACGACGAAGAACCGUUGGAUCCCGAGGCGGCUAAGUGGAAGAUUCAAGCGACAUUGGCGGCUGGCAUGGCGCAAAACACCGACCUGGCUUCUCGCAUGGUGGACGCACGCGAGUCGCGACGUCGCAAAGCACAGGCGCCCGCACCCAAAGGUGCAGCCACCAAGCGCACUUCGCAUCCGGCAGUGCGCACGUUGCUCGACGAGAUUCGACGUCAGCGCGAGGACGAGUCGGAUUCGGACGACGAGCUGAUCGCCGGACGAGGAAAGAAGAAGCCCACGGCGCUGUCCAGUGUGGCAGAGGGCCAACCUGCCGGAGAAGGUCUUGCACCACCAGCGCCUAUUGCUCCUGCGGGACUCGCACCACCACCGCCACCGCCUCCUCCUCCGCCGCCUCCGCCGCCCAUGCUGCCCUCUGUGGCUGCAGGAAUGUCGGCGAGUCAAAGAGCAGUUCUCGAUGCUGCCGCCAUGCCACCGCCGCCGCCGCCGCCGCCACCUCCUCCCGCACCUGGGAUGCUACCAGGCCUCUCGCAGACCAGCAGCCAGGGCGUUAGCGCCGACAUGCGAUCCGCCUUUUCGACGCCCGACUCGUCGCGUCCCGGCUCGAUGCUCGCAUCGGUCGCCGGUACGCCGGCUCCACGAGCUCCACCACCGCCUGGCUCGGUGACCGAAUCGCCCAUGCAGGAUGGCAACCUCUUCCGCAACUCGAUGAUGAACGUGCGCGCGUCGUAUGCUCCCAUGAAUCUGGGUCCUGCCGGUCCAAUCGCAGCCCCUCCUGCUCCUGGCGUUGCCGGUUUGUUCGCCAACCAUGCGCUCAGCCGCAAAGAGGUGCUCGCCAUGGCGCGCUCCAAGAUGAAGCAGCUCCAGUGGGACAAGCUGUCGCCUCAGCAUGCGGCUGAGACCAUCUUUGGUCAGCACGAACUGACCGCAGAUGAAGAGCAGGUGGUCAAGAUGCUGCAGCAGGAGGGUCUGUUUGACGAGAUGGAGGAAGACUUCAAGGCCAAGCAGCCGGUCAAAAAGUCGGCGGCAACAGCGAAGAAGGACAAGAUCGAGCUCAAGACGCACUUGAGCCUGCAGACGCGCCAGGGCAUCGAGAUGGUGCUGAAGCGCGUCAAGUCGAGCUUAACCGACAGCAAGCAGGCGUCGCCGGAAGAGGUGGCGCACCACAUUAUCAACUGCAACGACGCGGUGCUUGACCAGAGUUUCCUCACGGAGCUGUUGCGCCACUAUCCCGAGAGCGAGACCAAGGGUCAGCUGGGAGAGUACAGGAAUGCGUCGGACGAGGAGCUGCGGCUGUUGCAUCCCGCCGAUCGACUUGUUGUGCUGCUCAUGACCGUGCCGCAUCUCAAGGAAAAGGUGAAAGGCUUGCUGUACAUGACCAAGUACAAGGAGACGUUCGAUCUGAUCAAGUCCGGGACGGUCAAGGUGCGCGAUGCCUCGGAGGGGUUGAUGAAGGCAAAGUCGUUUGCGCGUUUGCUUAGCUUGAUCCUGAUGAUGGGCAAUUACCUCAACUCGACUGGUGUGCAAGGUGGAGCGUUUGGUUUCAAGAUCACGUCGAUCAACAAGCUGGUCGAUACCAAGGCGUCCGACGGCACUACUCUGUUGCAUUUCAUCGAACGCACCAUCUCGAAAUGCUUCCCGGAAGUCGAGGCGUUCAUGGGCGAGCUCGAGUUGCCUGCCGAGGCGUGUCGCGUGCAGUUGUGGGAUCUGCGUCGAGAUUUGGCCGAGCUCAAGUCUGGCAGCUUCCAGCACCGGAAGGAUCUCGAUCGGCUGCUGGACGAGAGCGAAGAGAACCUGCAGGAUCCGUACGUCAAGAUCAUGCUUCCAUUCCUCAAUGACGCUGCGUCGGAGCUGCAGAGGUUGAACGACCAGGUGCAGUUUACCGAGCGCGUGUACAACGAGGCGCUCAAGUACUUUGGCGAGGGUCCGGACCCGAAGAAGCGAGGACUGGGACAGCUGGCGAACCAGACGAUGCGCACCGAAGACUUUUUCGGCAUCUUCAAGGAGUUCCUGGCGGCGUACAAGAAGGUCAAAGUGGACAACGUGCGGAUUGGCGAGCAGCGCGCGAUGGAGGCAAAGCGAAGAGCUGCGGCGGAGGAGAGGGAGAAGGAGCGGCAGGAGGCGCUGGCGAGGAAGGAGGCGGGUGUGGAUGACAGUGCGGUACUCGAGACGCUGUUGGGCUCGCUGCGUAGUGGAGGCGGUGGGCCCAACAAGCAGAGGCGCAAGGCGAGGGAGAGGAGGCAGACGAAUGCUGCUACGGCUGCGGCUGCAGGGGCGUCAGGGGCGACAGGGACAGCGGCAGGUGCAAGUGCGGCAGGCGGUGGCUCAGAGGAUUCGGGUUCAGGCGCAGGCAGUGUGUUGAUGGGUGCACAGGGCAGUCCGUCGGAUGUAGCUGCUGCCAUGCUGGCCAAGCUGCAAGGUGGGGAAGAGGGAGCCGAGCAACAAGCGGCUGGAGCUAGCGCAAGUGCGAGUGCGUUCCGAACGACACGCAGACGCGAUCGUCGUUCGGGUCGCGACGGCCCCCAUCCCCCAGGGUCGACUCUCGGUUCGACGCAAGCAUCAUCGCCUACGAUGACGACCGACUCGUCCCCGUCGUUGUCGCAGCAAGCUUCGUCGACAACGCACACGCCGUCCGCGUCGAUCUCGGUCUCGUCCUCGGGAAUGCGUGUGCAAGGAGAUACGACGGUGGGCGAUGCGACGCUGGUGCCGCCUUCAUCGUCUCGAGGCGGUGCUGGGUCUGUGUUAGGUUUGGGACACGAGGGCGAGGGCGAGGGCAGUGGACACGCGAGAGCGGAGGAGAGGGAGGAGGGGAAGGAAGAGGAGGAAGAUGGUCACUUUGAAGAUGCCAAAGCUGCGCCUAGGAAGUCGGAUGUCGGAGCUGGAGCUGGAGGAGGCUCGGAUCUGGAAUGGUUUGAUCCGGAUCUGUCUGGCUUCUCAGCUGCUGGUCAGAGCGUCAAGUCGAAUAGCGGCGCCUAG